CAAAGCAAAUUUUGUAGUUAUAACCUCUUUUUCAAUCACAUUGAAAUUUGAAUUUAUUCUCAUAACAACAUUUGUAAUUCAUAAUUCACGUUGUAUUAGAUGAGUGUAUGGGCAAAGUGGAUCAAAUAAUUAUACGAUGGAUACAACGGGUGAAGUGAUUCCAGAAGUGAAAAAUAAAAAACAUAAAAAUUCCGAUCCUCCACCGGUCUGUGAAAAAAAAUCCAAGAAAUUUUGUGCGAAAGAAUUUGGAAAGCAGUUAAAAAGCAAUGAAAAAUCAAGAGCAUUACAGGAUUUCCUGAAGAAUAUAAAAGAAAACGAAACUCAAGAUGUUGCUCUUGAAUACCUAGAAUCUGAUGGAAGUUUACAAGAACUAAUAAAAUGUUUGGAAGAAGAUUCAACAUUGUCACCUGUUUUAGUAUUGGAAAUAGUCAAUUAUUUAUUGUUGAAAAUCAUAAAAUGUGGAUUGAAAUGUACAGAUGCCGCUUUUCAAUCCUGUCGAUACUUCCUGCAAAAUUUUACCUUAGUUAUCGAAAAAAUGUUAGGGCUGUCCUCUGCUGCAUUAGAACGUACUGUGACAUUGAAAUUCUUCACAACAAUGGCUACUUAUUCUUCUCAUCUAUCAAAGGAUAUCUUAACAUCUAUAAAUUUCAAUCUGACUCGCAUUGAAUUACUCAGUAAAAGUAGAAUAGAAAACAGAACUGUACGAAAACAUUUUGUGAAUUUUUUGACAGCUGUGUUAAUUGAUAUUGAAUAUCCAGUAUUAUCUCUUUUGUUAAGUAAAAAAGGCUUGCUUACCAGCAUAAUACCUGGACUUAUCUACGAUGAUGUUGAUACUGUGUGUUCUAUAUUAACAACAAUGAAAAGUAAUAUUUUGGAAAAUCCAUUAGUAUCGAAAACUGAUAAGAUGAAGACUUUCAAUACAAUUGUAGUGAAGAAUAUUGUUAAUCUUUACAAUUGGAAAGGACCUAAUAAUUUGAAAGCCCAAAAAGGUCAUGGUAUAAAGGUUGAUGAAGUACAAAAAGCUCAAGUUAGUCAAUGUGUUCAUGAGUUUUUACUAACUCUCUGUACUUCACAUAAAUAUGGAGUGAUAUUUAGAGACCCUCUUGUUGGAAUGGGGAAGAAAACACAAAACUCUUUAAUAUAUACAGUAGUCGACAGUAUGGAUUCAGCUUGGGAGCAUUCUUAUGCCUCUGAACUGCUUAUAAAAAUUUGUUCUGUUUGCCCUGAUAUAACUAAGCACAUUUGGAACAACAUCAAAGUAGCACUGGAGCCAAGGUUUUCACCUAAAUGGUUGAAAGUUGUGGAUUUUAUGAAACGAUUGUUGGAGGAGCUGAAACCAUCAUGCUUAGAACCAUUCAUAAAAAAUCUGAAUUCUCAACAGAUUGGUCCAGUAAUCACAGUACUUGUUUCACCACUUCCAAUAUUGAAGGUAAUUUUUCCCGAGAAUUGCACUUAUGAUUCACAGUUUGUGAGGCAACAAAUUUUUGCAUUAGUAUCAGUCAUACUGAAAUCAAUAGAUAAUUACUUUGCAGCAUGUGAAAGAUGGUUAGAUAAUGAACAAUUCACUAAAGUUAAAAGUUAUCUGAGAAAUUAUAUUGAACGAAAUUUCCCAAUGGGUGCAGUUCUACUUGAAAAUUGGAACAUUGAAACCAAAAAAGAAGAAGAUAAAGAAUUCAAUUCUUUACAAUAUCUAUCUUUAGUAUUUGAUAUUUUCGAAUAUUACAUCAAAUUGUCUCCAGAUUUAUUGAGUUCUUUAUGCUUUUCAAAUGAUGAAUUGAAGACAUUACUUGAAAUUACAAUGUCAUUAUGUAAUGCUGAUAAUGGAGGAAACGAAAAACUUAAUAUUCAAAUAAUCGACAUAUUUCUUACCAUAAACCCUUCAUUAUUCUCUUUAGAAUCAGAUUCUUUCAAUUUUUUUUUAUCUUUUUUGUUGCAAAUCUGUUACAAAAAUGCGGGAGUUACCGACUUCAAAGGUAUUUCUGUUUUGAAAAAGCUUUUAAAAAGUGCGAAAAUAUUAUUUGAUUAUGCAUCAGAUAGAGAAUUGGAUGUAUGGAUCAAUGGCAUAUUUAGUCUCAAGUCUUACAAACCUGUUGUAUCUGAUUUUAUAACAGCCUCCCUUAAACUUGCCGACCUUAAAGACAUAGAAUAUUUGAAAAUUAUUUCGCAAUAUCAGGAAUCUGUCAAUGAUGAUGAUAUUCCAGUUUCUAGUAUAAGUCCUAUGGUUUUAGGUGUUUUGGAAUAUUUAAGUACAGUAGAUCCUGAAAAAAGUCAACUUUCUUAUGUGAACUUUGUCAUUCCAAAUUUGAUAUUUCUACAAUGUGAUUCUAGAGUUCUUUCUCAAAUUUUGAAAAAUAACCAAUCAUUGAAAAGCCCUCUACUUGAUUAUGUGAAUUCGAUAUUAUCACAGGAAGAAAUAUCAUUUGAAAUUCCGAAAUUUUUGAAAAUAUUUGGUAAAAAUGAUAUCUUUAAUAGUUUCAAUUUGUCGCUACUGGAAAAUACCCUUGAACAAUUUUUGAAUGAAAAUGAACAAAUAUCAUACCCUAAUUUAGAUUUAGAUUUAUUGCAAAUGGGAAUCUUUUAUUUUUCAAAACUAUUGGUUUCUGAUGGUUCUAAAAAGGUGAACUAUUCUAAAAAUCUGAUACAGUAUAUAAAUUUCCUUUUAGAUAAAAGACUCUUGAAUCCUAGUAUAAUCUUUAAUAAUUUUUCAUUUAUACAACAUUUUUCCAUUCUGGAAGUAAGCAGUGAAGGAGAAUUGAACUGUUGUACAAAAUUCAUAUUGGAUUUUAUUCAAUGCUAUGCAAAAAAGUAUGAUUAUCCAAACAUUCAUAUGCAAUUUUUUAAUGCAAAACUCCGGAAAAUGAUCUUUAAAAUCCUUAAAAAUCCCAAAAAAUUUGUUGAUUUCAAUAUCCUUAACGUAAUUAAUUCUUUCCAAAUGGAUUCUGUAGACUAUUUGAGUAUUCUAAAUAAAAUUUCAGAUUGCAUCAGUAACAAUAUUGAAAAAUGCAAAUUCAAAAUAUUCUAUUCAAUUUUGGUGCAUACCAUGGAAAAAUAUUGUCUGACAAAUAGAGAGCAACUUCAAGUUUUGCCAAAAGAUAUUUUAGAAAAUUUGCUCAAUUUCUAUAUGUGUUUGAAUAAUGAAGGAGAAAUAAAACCCUUUGAAUUAUCGAAACAUUUUCUAAUCUAUUUCUCCAUAUUCCCUGAAAAUGUGUCAUAUAUUGAUGCGAGUGUUGUGAAUUCUAUUUUGGGUUUGAAGGAAUAUCAAAAACCAAAUACAGACUUGAUGGUAUAUAUAUUGAAAAUCAGGUUUGAUUUAUUUCCAUGUUUGGAUGAAAAAUUGGAUGACUUACUCUUUGUGAAGGGAUUAUUUUAUCCAAUUUUGGAGUUAUUAAAUGAAAAAUAUUUAAACGCUGAUAUGGAUAGAAAAAAAUGGUUUGAAGAAUUUUUUGUCAAAAUCUAUGAUAGAUAUGAAGACGUUUUACAUAAAACUUUGAAAAAACCCCAAAAAGCUAGUCAACAUCUCGAUGAAAACUAUAAAGGUGUUUGUCUUUUGAUUAAUCUCCAUUUCAAAAAAGAAAAGUUCAAUGAGUAUAUUUCUAAAGUCUUGAAAUUUGAAGUUACCAAAAUAUUUCAUGUUCAACUUCUGAACACCAUAUUUAGAAAAUUUCUUGAAACAGAAAUAGAUGUUGCUGCUGUGACAAAUACAAUUUUAACGUUCGCUCAUUUACUUCUUAAUAUUUUGAAGAAGAUUUCAAAGAACGAAGAGCAUACAGACGAAACGCUUGCCAUUAUUUCAGAUUGCUUUAUAGCUUAUCUGAAUGAGCUUACUAAGAACCAAGAAAAAUAUGAUUUCAAAACAUUACAGAAUAAUGAAUCCUUCAAAGUGUUGUUGAAAUUCUCUCUGAAAUAUGGUGUAAGUGAUUAUGAAAUACUUUUACAAUUACUGCAAAGUUUUAUAUCAUUGAUUGGCGAACAUUUUGACGAAGUUCAGAUUCAAUUACUUAUGGAUAUGUUGACUUCACAUUCUGCAUUCUUAGAUGUUCUUCUAAGUGAUAAUCAUAAGUGCAAAAAGGGAGUUUUAUCUUUAAUGACAAUCAUGUGUGAAAACUGGCCUAAACUAAUGUCAAGGAGCCAUAUUCCAAAAUUACUAUCUUCUUAUAGGGCUACUAUGACGGAUAUUGACAGAAUGAUAUUGAAAUUAAUUAAGAUGUAUGAAUCUGUACGUGACGAAGUGUCUUUCCAAGACUUCAGACCUUACUUGUGGGGAAAUGCGGGAGCUAUCCACUAUUCUGUUAGAAUUGAUAUUGGAAAAACACUUUUGAAACAACCUAAAGUUAAAGAUGUACUCAACCUUCUAGAAGAAAAUAUGGUCCUCUCCACCAUAAAAAAUUAUCAUUUAUUUAGAAAUGGUAAUAGCUUAGAGCCAUUAGAUGCAAAUACAAUUUAUGACUUGGAAUUCUUCCUGCCACUAUUUGUCCAUAUACUUUCUCCGGAAAAUGUGGUGCAGACCUACCAAUUUGUCAGGAGUGGAGCUUUAUCAUUAACAAUGUUAGGGUUCAGUUGUUCAGAAAACUACAUGAAAGCUGCCUCAUGUGGCGUGCUAUCAAGAUUUUAUUUUCAUUUGGAAGGUAGACAAAAUGGAAAAGAAAAUUCAUUAUACAUGAAACUCGUAACAGGUGUUUGUGAAUGGUUAGCAGAGUCAGAAAGUCCAAUGAAUAAUUUUGCAUCAAUAUUUUAUGCAAGAACAGCCUUGAUAUUGUCCAAACCAACACAUAUAAUGUUACCCCACUUGUCACAAUAUCUCUUUAUCAAGAAAAAGUUAGAUUUUUCUACAAUACCUGAAUUAUAUACAUACCUACAGAGCUCCCAUGUUGAUCAUAAAGAACAACGGCAAUUUUUAUUUGAAAUACUCAAAGAUGGUCUAAUUUGUGAAAAUGAUUAUAAGGUUUUCUUCAAAUCUAUGAGUUUGAAGCUAUUAACAGACUUAUUCUCCUCUACUGAUCGAGACACCAAACUGCUCAUUCUAGAAAUAUUAAUUGCUGUUUGUAGAUCGGAAUUUGGUGUCAAAUUGAUGUGUACACAUUUAAGUGUGAUUCAGUUCUUAGUUUUGGAUAUAGAGGAGAAUUCAAUUUCCAAAGAAUCCUAUCAUGUUAUAAUAGUAAAGAUGAAAGAAUUGCUCAAUAGAAUAUCUUUUCAUAUGGGUAAUCUCAAUGAAUAUGAUAAGUUAUUAUUGAAAAGAACUUGUGAGAAAUUAGAAUUAAGUAUUAAGGGACCAUUUCAAUCAGACGCUCUUCUCGUACCAGAAAACUGUCUUUUCGAUCACAUCCACAACCAGAGCAACUGCUGGACAUUUGGCAGGUGGAACGCCACUGCUGGAAGUGCUUGUCAAGAAAGGGGUCUUCAGUUGAGAUCCUUCGCCAUGUUACUUCCUUGUGGCAUUUCGCUAUUCAGCGGUGCUGAAUUUGUCUGUUGUCCGAAACACUUUGUUGAUAACACGAAGAGUAAAGACACAGUAAACCUCUCGAUCCUCAAAAAGGAAUCAGAUAUCCUAGACAUCAACAAUGAUGAAGAUGACGAGAUUGAUGAAGAAGAUAAAGAUGAUAUAAAUGACUUGGCGGAUGAUACAGACUUAUCAGAAGCCACGAACUUGCAAGAUGAUGAGGAAGACGAUGAAUUCGACGAGUACGAUGACAGUGUGUCAAGCACAACGGCCAAAUCGAAAUCUACAACAUCUACCAGCACUUCCACCACGACCACUACCACUCCUGUGUCUGCGCCUGGCCCGUACUUCACACACUUCGAUCCUAGAAAUGAACACCAAAGCUACAAGGAAGCCGAGAAGCGACUUGAAGAAACCCAUCGUGAAAAGGUCACCAAGGUGAUGAAGGACUGGUCAGACUUGGAGGAACGCUACCAAGAGAUGCGCCAAGGUGAUCCUCGAGGAGCCGAAGACUUCCAGCAGCGAAUGACAAGGAGGUUCCAGCAAACUGUUCAAGCGCUGGAGGAAGAAGGGGACGCUGAAAAACAUCAACUUGCUGCCAUGCACCAACAGAGGGUGGUAGCUCACAUCAACCAGAGGAAAAAAGAAGCCAUGACAUGCUAUACCCAAGCUCUCAAUGAAGUUCCUCCAAACACCCAUCGAGUACAAAAAUGUCUACAGAAAGUCCUACGUGCACUGCAUAAAGACAGGGCUCAUGCUAUAACACAUUACCGUCAUCUGCUCUCCAGCAGUAUCGAAGCUGCCACUAGAGAACAACCAAGAACGUUAGAGCGUCUUUUGGACAUCGAUAGAACAGUCAACCAAAGCAUGCAGAUGCUCAGACGCUACCCUGCUUUGGCAGCCAAAAGAGAGCAACUGAUGGACGCCUACAUCCAAGCUCUACGAUCCAAAGAUGAAACUCCAGGUUCUUUUCUAGCUAUGACCACUGAAGCUGAACAAGCCAUCUUGAACAAAUACAAAUAUGAUGUGGCCACCAAACAAGCCGAAAAGGAAAGGCAAAAAAUACAAGAAAAGGAGAGGAAAGAACAGAGGAAAAAGGAACGAAUGGAUCUCAAGGAAGAGAAGAAACGUGUGGAGAGAGUUUUGGGUAAGAAGAUAAGCAACUUCGAUGAUGAGGAUAUGGAGGAUGAAUCCUUGCCAGAAGAGAACAAGUAUUCUACAUCAACCCAGAAUGUUCUCAAUAGUACCGUGGAUUUAAUAAGCAAUGAUGUCAGUACCAAACAUAGACAAGUUGAUGAUUCUGCUGUCCAACAAGCUGUUGAAGAUGUCGCUGCUGUAGCUCACAGGCAGGAGACAAUAAGAAUUUCUCAUUCCAUGACUCACCAAAUGAGUCAUGAUGAGCCUACAUUCUCCGUUCGUAGAGGUGUACAACAUGCCAAAAGUAUAGCUUUCACUCUGGUAUUUGCUGGAACAGCUCUGUUCGCUGUUGGUUUCCUGAUUGUGAAAAGACGCUCUAACAGUUCACCGAAAAGCCAGGGUUUUAUCGAGGUAGAUCAAGCUGCCACACCGGAAGAAAGACACGUGGCAAACAUGCAAGUCAACGGUUAUGAGAACCCUACCUAUAAAUACUUCGAAGUAAAAGAGUAAUAAAGAUACAGAAAACCAUUCCUUAAUUUCGACUUAGCGGCAUGAGCCUUCGUUUUAUUUCGAGCAAUAUUUUGAAAUGUAAAGUUCUCUUAUUUAUGUUGAUAUGAUUCAAUGUUAACUGGGGUAUUCGCGAUAUCCUAUCUUGAUAUUAAUUUCGAUAAUAAGUGUGAUAACUGUUAGGGAGCAGUGUUAGUAUUUUGUAUCAAUUUACUUAAGUGAUAUCGGAUACUCCAAGGAUUCACACUGUACUUAAUUUUUCGGUCAUAUGGAAGAUUAGCUUGACGCCAUUUAUCUACAAAAUAUCUAGAACGUUUGAAGCCAGGUGCCAUUUGUGGUUUAGAAAUAGCGUGUUCUGUGUGAAUAGAAUACAGCUAUCAAAAACAUAUUCAUAGGUAGAUGUAUGAUACCCUCCAAUAUUCUUUCAGACUUAGAUAAAAACAAAAAAAUGCAUGUUCAAAACCACCUGCUUUUUGUACAAAGACUUUUUACUUUUGUUAUCUAUUUGUAAGGCUUAUUAGAAUUGACAUUAUGUCCCUUUCACAGAUUUUUCGAGUGUGACUCACAUUUUUUACAAUAAUUGGAUGGAACCAGAUUUAGCAUUCAGUUCAAUUAAAAUGAUUUUGAAUAAUCUAGGGGAUGGUUGGCUAAGUUCGUCAGGUAUACAGGGUGGGCAAAUUUCGAUGUUUUAGCACUACAAUUUUUGAACCAGAGGAGAUAGACAAAAUAUGAUACCCCGUUCUCGUUCUCUUUUUCUGUGAAACUAACGAGGGUAGAAUUCAU